CCUGCGCGUUGCUUUUGCUGCAGACUCAAGAGUGUCUUCUGCCUGCUAUUAUAAGAUAAAUAGUCAUGUCUCUGGAGGUGGAAUCCGCAGACGUGAUCCGUCUGAUUAUGCAGUACUUAAAAGAAAACAAUCUGCACCGGACUCUAGCCACCCUGCAGGAGGAGACCACAGUGUCUCUGAAUACUGUGGACAGUAUAGAGAGCUUUGUGGCUGACAUAAACAGUGGCCACUGGGAUACUGUCCUGCAAGCCAUCCAGUCCCUCAAGCUGCCAGAUAAGACCCUGAUAGACCUCUAUGAACAGGUUGUGUUGGAAUUGAUUGAGCUGAGAGAGCUGGGUGCAGCUCGUUCACUUCUCAGACAGACCGACCCCAUGAUCAUGCUUAAACAAACUCAACCUGAGAGAUACAUCCACCUGGAGAACCUGCUGGCUCGCUCCUACUUUGAUCCCAGAGAGGCGUACCCAGACGGCAGCAGUAAGGAGAAGCGGCGAGUGGCCAUCGCCCAGGCCCUGGCAGGGGAGGUCAGUGUGGUGCCACCCUCUCGUCUCAUGGCUCUGCUGGGACAGUCACUGAAGUGGCAGCAGCAUCAGGGACUCCUGCCUCCUGGUAUGACCAUUGACUUAUUCAGGGGUAAAGCUGCCGUCAAAGAUGUGGAGGAGGAGCGCUUCCCCACCCAGCUCAGCAGACACAUCAAGUUUGGACAGAAAUCUCAUGUGGAGUGUUCCCGAUUCUCCCCUGAUGGUCAGUACCUGGUCACCGGCUCCGUGGACGGCUUCAUUGAGGUCUGGAACUUCACCACCGGCAAAAUCAGAAAGGAUCUAAAGUACCAGGCUCAGGAUAACUUCAUGAUGAUGGACGAUGCAGUUUUGUGUAUGUGCUUCAGUCGGGACACAGAGAUGUUGGCCACUGGAGCACAAGACGGAAAGAUCAAGGUGUGGAAGAUCCAGAGUGGUCAGUGUCUGAGGAGAUUUGAACGUGCUCACAGUAAAGGAGUAACAUGUGUCAGCUUCUGUAAAGACAGCAGCCAGCUCCUCAGUGCCUCCUUCGACCAGACAAUUAGAAUCCACGGACUGAAGUCAGGUAAAACUCUGAAGGAGUUCCGCGGUCACUCCUCAUUCGUCAACGAGGCCACUUUCACUCCAGAUGGACACCACAUCAUCAGCGCUUCCUCCGACGGUACAGUGAAGGUGUGGAACAUGAAGACCACCGAGUGCACAAACACCUUCAAACCUCUGGGCACGUCGGCAGGCACAGACAUCACCGUCAACAACGUCGCCCUGCUGCCCAAGAACCCAGAGCACUUUGUAGUGUGUAACCGCUCCAACACGGUGGUCAUCAUGAACAUGCAGGGACAGAUUGUGAGGAGUUUCAGCUCCGGUAAGAGGGAAGGCGGUGACUUUGUGUGCUGCACACUGUCACCACGCGGCGAGUGGAUCUACUGCGUGGGUGAAGACUUUGUGCUCUACUGCUUCAGUACAGUCACAGGCAAACUGGAGAGAACGCUGACGGUCCACGAGAAGGACGUGAUCGGCAUCGCCCACCACCCCCACCAGAACCUCAUCGGCACCUACAGUGAGGACGGCCUGCUGAAGCUCUGGAAGCCUUGAGUUUUGAGCCCAAACUGAGACUGAACGUUCUCACUCAGCAGCUGCUCUCCUCACUCUGGACACUGCUCUGCCCUUUGUGUUUUGUUUGUGUCAUUUUGCAGACUCCUAGGUCCACAUUGACUCAAAGGUUUGGAUGUACAUGUUGACGAUCUCUGUUGCAGUGUCAGUUUUACACAUUUAGCUGCAUGUUUCCAUUUGAAAUUGGUAGUGUGUGUAAUGAAUAAAAAAGCAGACUGUACAGGUGUUUUAGGAUGUUUUUUGUAUUAUUGAAAACAUGCAGCUGAAUGUUGACACUUUAUGGUGUUAAGAGUUUUCACAGCAGAGCCUUAUUUACCUCAACCCAUGAGAGUAAAAGUUCAUUUUUAGAUUAAUGGUCACUUCUUAAAAUAUAAUACGAAAGUUUUUUGUUUUUUUUAUCGGAAAUGUGUCGUUCAAUUUCUAAAAUAUUUCAUUUUCAGUCCUUCAGUGCUUAACUUUUACACAGCUUAUGAAUUUGUAAGAGUGGGUAUCAUGUUAUUCAAGUGGGGGAUGUGAAGCAGACACACUUGAUCAUUGCAAAUACUCUUUAACUGUACUCAAGAAAGGUGCCUAUAUAUUUGUCCAGAUAGUGGAAAAAAAAAGCCCAUUACAGUGAUUAUUACACAUUUUCAGUUGCUUUUCAGAUAGAUAAGGUUCUGCUGUUCAACACCUCACUGACAUUUUUCAGAGCCCUCCUACAUCAGACACAGGGCAGUUGUCAGAUGUUUGGGGUGAGGAGUGUAGAUACUAGACUUAUUUCUUGUUUUUGAAAAUUCCAUUUUUUGUAAAUAUAUUUUUUAAUAGCAUUUUUUUUUUUUUUUUUCAAAAAG